GCGUGGAGCCGCGAGAAGCGCACAGAGAAAGAGAGAGAGAGAGAGAGAGAGAGAGAGAGAGAGAGAGAGAGAGAGAGAGAGAGAGAGAGAGCGACAGAAGAUGGACGGAGUGGGAUCGUUCGGAGCUGGCCGGGCCGGGUCCACUAUCGACCCGAUUGCCUUCGCCAAACAGCCGCAGACCAUCCUCAGAGUGCUGUCCUGGAUAUUUUCCCUGGUGGUCUUCGCCUCCAUUGUGAACGAGGGUUAUGUCAACAUGGGCAGCGAGCGUCUCCACUGCGUCUUCAAUAAGAACGCAGACGCGUGCAACUACGGCGUGUUCGUGGGCCUGGUGGGCUUGAUGGCGUGCUCCUUCUUCUUCCUGCUCGACUACAAGUUCUCCUCCAUCAGCUCCGUGAAAGACAGGAAGAAGGCUAUAAUGCUUGAGAUCGGCUUCUCGGGCUUCUGGGCCUUCCUGUACUUUGUAAGUUUCUGCUUCCUGGCCAAUCAGUGGUCUCGAACCACGGCUGAUGAGCUGCCACUCAACCAGGGGGCAGAUGCAGCCCGGGCUGCAAUCGCCUUCUCUUUCUUCUCCAUAAUCACCUGGGCUGGUCUAACAGUCCGUGCGGUCCAGAAGUAUCUGCUUGGCACAGACAUGACUCUGUUCACCACGGAGCACAUGGACGGCGGCGCGCCCACCCAGCCGUACCCCUCCAACUCACCGGUUGGCGGCACCACUGAGGCCACAGAGACCUACCAGAGCCCACCAUUCACCGAGAACAACGCAGCACCCACAUACCAGGUUCCCAUUUACUAGAUAAGAUAGACCUGAUGGUGGAAGAAUAAGGUCCCGGAGAUGGGUAAGAGGAAAGUGAUAGAAAAUUGCUUUCUGUGAUGUUACACCUACAGUUGUUUAUGUGUUGAUCUGGGCAGAGUUUUCAACAAUUGUUUCAAGAAAAAAACAAAAAAAAGAACUGCCUCUUCUUUUUGUUCCCUCCUCUCGUUCCCUUUACCUUCCUUAACAUUCCAGCUUUAUCUGCUCUUUUCUCGACCUGUUUGCUAAAUUCAAUUCCCUGCUUUCGCAAAUCCAGUGUUCCUCGGAUCAGAACAGAUGAGAGAAAAAGGAAACAAAAGGAGGAAAUGUAAAAAGAGGAGGCCAUUUUGCAGUAUUUAAACACUAUGUUGACAACAAAACAGAUGAAGGGAUCAACAAGCGAGCGACUCCACCACAAAGCAGUAUCGGCAAACAAAUAGUGCAGAGGGCACUCGCAUACAGCACCUUCGUCUUAUUCUUUCUAUUCAUCGAAGUGUCAAAAUCCCCUUUUAUGCCAGGGAAUGUUUGUUUUUUAGCUACAGUACGGUCUAGUCGUUCCUCCCACUUUCCCUGCUGCAUUUAAAAGUGAUCAUGUGUGUUGAAUCUGCAUGUUUCUUAACUUAGAGAUCAACUAAGUGCCAUACUGUACUGUGUGUCUCAGACAGUGACUUAAUUUAGUAGAUUUCCACAUGCUGUAAAAAAAACAACAAACUUUUUGUGACUAAGUGCAAUAUCUCACACGUAGGUCUCUAGGUAGGUAGAUACCGUCCUGUAGGUAGGUUAGUUAGCAUCAGAUAAGACCAGUUGAGGCACUGUCUCAAAUAACAUACUAGUCUUUGAAUUGUACUUACAAAUCUCAGGCAAAUGUCCACAUUAUAAUCGUUGAUCUGACGUUGAUUCCGCUUCCCUGCAAAGUUUGCAAGAUACGGAAAUUAUAUCUGAAUCCGACAGAUCCUGAGAGAACUUUUCAUCCACAAAAAACUUGUUGACAAUUUGAAUAGAUUUAGUAUCGGUCAACAAGCUGAUAUGUCAUCUUUUCAAGCAUUUAUGGUCUUCCUCGGUGUAGUGCAAUCAUUACUUUAAACACAUUUUUAGGAGGAAAACUGUGUCACAAUGCCAAAUAUUCCUUGAGUAUUUGUGUACGAGGGUGCCCUGGGCCCCAUUGUCCCAUAAUCCGUCCGUGGUACCAGGGAAUGUAUGUAGUGUGUGAUUUGAGACAGUGUCCUAUAUUGGGUGUUGUGUGUAUAAAAUGGGGCGAGUAGGGAGAUUUUGGGCAAGUCAGGUCUGUUUAUGUUUACGUUUAGGAAGCUGCCAAACUGCCCUGUGUUCUUAUUGCUGUCUUCUGAUUACCACAUAACUUCUAUGUUGUUAAUGUCUAUCGGAUUUUAUGUAAUCACAAAGCAGGGGGGCAACAGAUGAGCUUUUAUUUAGCCAGGGUGAUUAUUUGGUGCAGUCUCAGGCAAAAGAUCGAAGAAGUUUGUGGGAUGUUAAGGAUCGCUAGCUGGCUAAUUAAUUGAUCCUGCAACCCUGCCAUUAAGGUGGAGGGGCCAGCAUUUGUUGCCAUUGUGACAGGGAUAGGGCUGGGCGGAUAUGUUGGUCACUAAGGGCCCUGAUGUAGAUAGUAACCAUACCAACCAUUUUGGUGUGUAGCAGUGUCUGUGUCGUGGUUCACGUACACUCGCCAUCAGCGAAAUCUGUAGGUGCGCGAGCGAGAGUGUGAGAAGUGCACGUGCAAAGUGUACAUGUGCACGUGCAUUAGCGUGUGUGUGAGACGCGUGGGUCUGGGUGUGAAAAUGUGUGAAUGUGGCUAGUUAAUUGAAUUUUGUGGUGCAGAAAAGUUAUUUUCUUGAACAUGUGUUUGUCAGAGUUUUAGUGCAAAGGAGGAAAUCAUAAGUCUGUUACACCAUUUAAUCAUUUCCCCAAAAUAAUAGUAUUUCUGCUAAAUAUAUUAUUAGUGUCACUGUCACGAUAUAUGAAUUAAAAAGUAUGAAAGUAAGAGUUUUUUGACAAACAGAGCCAAAUAUAAAACUGCAUAUUAGAGUGAUAUAAUUGACCUGCUGUACGCCUUGCCUGCUAUUCUAACUGAUCCUGUGUAAACAGCGCCCUCUGCAGACAAGAGAAGGUACUGCAGCAGUGGCUCUCAGAGAUUUAAAAGUAAUCAUGAUAAUAAAUGCAUGAAAUUGUUGUAUAGAUCUCAUUAUAUAUUGGAUACUAUGUAAUUCUUAAGUUGACGAGUUGGUUUGCAAAGUGAGAUUUACCAGCCAUCAGUGCAGCAGACAGGAUUCCUUCAUGUGUGUUAUAUUAUUAUAUUAAUCCCAGUCAGAAUUGCGACCAUACGCCCAAAUGACUCUUUGUUUAUUUGGUGAUGUUAUCUCAACCUCAUGAUCUUGUGGGUCACGAGUUGUGUGAACAUUACUCCCCAACUAUUUCCUGAAGCAAUUGGUUUUUGAAAUGUUUAAACGGCCAUUGUUUUUGGUUGAUUCUAAUAAGAUGUGAGUAUCAGCUUGCAGAGACUCCAGACACAAAAUCUUCAAAUUGACCGGAUGCCACUCCACGAUGAUGAAACUCUGACACAACAUUAAAGUUAUAAUUCUUAAAGCAUGAACAAUUAUGCUAAAUCUGGAAAAAAACAAAAAACUGCCAGUAUAGUUCUUUGAAUCUUGGGUAUUACUGGGCUGCUAGUGACCUGUUAACUGUGGUUAGGUGAGACUCGGGUACUGAUGGUCGUUUGGGGGUACUGUCAGGUCAGGUUGUAUUAUUGUUCUCAGUGCUUUGGUCUCUUCUUCAGUCAGUGUGGUAGAUACAUAUAAUAAAAGCAUUCUCUGUUUUGUGCUCUGGCCCAUGUACGCUACUGUGGUAUUGGUUGGUUGUAAAAUUCAGUACGUUAUUGAAGUAAAUGGAACCUGUUUGUGUUGCCGUCUAGGGUAUGGUUUGUCCUGUACUACUGAAAAUAUAAAAAUAUCAUUAUUUAUUAACUAGAAUGCACUGUUUGUUGGAAAUACUUUGUUUGACCACUCUUAAAGGGGCCGUCAGCACUAAAAUCAAAGUUUUAUGUGAUCAUGCCGUUUUGUUAGACUGAGAUUAUAAAAGUAACGCGGGUGCCAUCAGUUGUGUGGUUUCCAGUUUAAUACAUUGCAUGGAUGUUACAAUAUCUCCCCCUUUAAUAUUGAUAUUAACAAAAGUCACCCCCAUCAGCAAACAAGUAAACAUUGAUUUUGUAGCGUGCUAUACCCCUUUAACAUGUUUUUGUUUUAGUCGUUUCUUCCUGUUCUGAUGGUGUUCGGUGUAAAAAUGCUGUGUACAGAGAUGUGUGUCACUGUCUAUUACCUGAAUGUCUCUGGACUGCAGUCUGACCGUCACUCGAAUAAAAAAGAAAACAUGUUUUGGA